AUGACACAGUCCCCAUACCAGCUGUUUGGCACGUCAAUAGAGGAAGCAGUUCAGAAAUCCAUAAGUGAGCGAAAACCAUUAUUGGUUUUUUUAGCACAUCAAACAAAUUUCAGCACAAAUGACCAAUUUUUGAAAAAAUUUAUUGUCAAAUCAAGUUUACUUGAACAACUUGAGACCAAUUUUGUGCUUUUGAAACUAGUUCAAAAUUCUACUGGUUUUAGAUAUUUUGAACAACUUUUUAGUAACUUAAAAGUGCCCAGUUUUUAUAUAGUUGUGCUGGGGAAACUCAAAGCAGUGAUAGAUUACCAAGCAAAAAUUGAAGAUUUUGAAAACCACGUCAAUGACGUGAGUUGUGCACAAAGAGUUGACCAAAACCGCCAGCAACAACUGGAACAGACAUCAUCGCAUCCUCAGCAACAACUGGAACAGACAUCAUCGCAUCCUCAGCAACAACUGGAACAGACAUCAUCGCAUCCUCAGCAACAACUGGAACAGACAUCAUCGCAUCCUCAGCAACAACUGGAACAGACAUCAUCGCAUCCUCAGCAACAACCGGAACAACCAUCAUCGCAUCCUCAGCAACAACCGGAACAACCAUCAUCGCAUCCUCGGCAAUCCCCACAAACUCAAAUUCCUCAAAUUCACCCUGUAAUGAGUGACCACGAAAAAUCGGUUCAGAAAUACAAGGAGCAGCUAGCAGAACAGAGACGGGGAAUAGAUCUAGAAAAGCAAAGGCUACGAGAUUUGAUAAAGGCAGAUAAAAGAGAACGGGAAAGCAAAAUCAAGGCAGAAAAAGAAAUGGCCAAAACCGAAUCAUCAAAACCUCCUCACUGCAUGGGAAAAGGGCAAAACUCAAAAACACCGCGAUGUACAUUGGCAAUCAAAUUAUUUGAUGGAAGCACCAUUAGAAAAGAGUUUGACUCUCAAGAUUCACUCGAAGAUGUGCGCAAGUACCUAGAUGUCGAAGUCAAAGUUAUACCUUCAACAAGCAAUAUGCCAGCUUUUGCAACUACUUCUCACCCUACGGGGUAUUCCUUUCACAGACCUACAUUGCCGCGAAUAACAUAUUCCGAGGAACAAGAGUCCACCUCAUUACAAGAUCUUGAUCUAACACCUAGAUCGAUUCUAAUUUUAAAACCCAUAUUCAAGGAUACCAAUUCUGGUAACGUGAGCCCAGGUGGAGAAAAAGUGGGAUGGUUUAAAAGUGUUUACAAUGGGUUAGGGAAGUUGGCCUCUACGCUUUAUUUAUUUUUCGAUUAUGGUGUUGACGAUUUCCCCAACUAUGGCAAUGAGCGCCCAAGCUCUCAUGAUGAAAAUGACAACAUCGAUUUACCUUACCCAGUUGCCCCUGGUCUGCUUUUAGUUGGAGAUAGGGCUUUCUCUUCCUCGUUGCUCAGUAUUGAAACAGAUGAUAUGAACUCACUCACACUGGACUCCCGACUUACGGAAUCCCGUGCUUCGUCGCCUAGAUCGGUAUCGAUGAGUCGAAUUCAAACAGUUCAUGAUGCUAAUGACCAAAGGAUUGAUACUUAUAAUGGCAAUAGCAUUAACUUGAAUGAAAGAGAUGACAGAGUAGAUUAG